UAAGUGUUGUCAUUACAAGUGAUUAUUCUCCCUGAAAACGAUUGCUGGUGCUCCGCGAUUCGUCUGGAAAUGUGUAAAAUCGUGUACAGUGUGUAGUAAAAUUAUGCUUAAUUUGCAGCUUGGAUGCCCCGUUUGCGAUAAAUAAUGCUGUUGAGUCGGAGCCAAUCAGUUUCGGAGCAUAAUUAGUGAUUGUAAAUUCCCUGGUAAGAAGAGUGAAAAAAUCCAAAUCAACAAUGGCGGCGACCAUCUUUUCAUCGACUCGGCUGCCUAUCGAAGCUGUAACAAAAUAUGAUUUCAGUUUAGUUGUGAAGCUUGUCCGCUUUCGGAACAUAAUUCAGUGAGAAUGGUGAAUGCUGUUAAACUAGAAUUCGUCGGUAGUAUCUUAUCUGCCGACUCGAUCAGUUCGUUGAGGGCAUAGUCUCCAAAAGGAGUGUUAUGCAUUAGCCGGAAAUUAGAACGAAUGGAACAGACGGUUUAAAUGCGAGUGCUCCAGGCAAUAUUGUACAGAAAAUUUUUGGACUCAAAACUAUCAAAAGUGUCAGUGGUAAUGCAGUUUUAUUUGCGAUAGCGAUAUUUCUUUUGUAAUAUAGAGUAUUUACAUUCUGUUGUGAUUCUGCACUUUUCCACUUUGUUAUGUGAAAAAUGUAUCAAGAAGAAAAGUGUUGUAAAGUGCCCGAGAAAAACAGCUUGUGAAUCAGGGAUCAGAGUAUGGAUCCGGAACAGAUUAUUGUGGAUGAUGAUGUUGAUGAUGGGUCUACUGAUGGAGAUUAUGAUUUCAUGCAGCAAGAUCAGGAUGCCUUAUCAAUCAGUGCACCAUUAAAAUCUCAAGCACAAUCUGUACCGUCUCCAGCCGAACACUUUUUUUUAUUCUUCCGAAUUCAACUACUUUAAACGAUAAGCCGUUUUAGAAUCUAAACUAGAAGAGCGUCCACGCAACCGAGUAGCAGAUAUCAACCCUUUUUCUUUUCCCCGUACCUUUUUUGUCCCGUUCGGUUAGAUGCAAUUUUAGACCCUUCAACAAUUCCUAUAACUGGCCAGUCGUCACCUAUCGAGGAAUCGCUCGUGCUGCCGAACAAGAUUCCGACGGCGGUAUCGACCGGUGUUAACAGUGGCGUCAAUCAUAAUCAACAACAGCAACCAUCGGUUUCGGUUGCUGCUCGGUACGGUCUUGGUGGUGGGAAACCUUCUGCUGCAGCGCUUCGACGUGGACCAGGACGACCGAAGAAAGAUUUUCUUCCGCUGUUGAAAAUGUCUACGACACCUACUGGCAGUGGCGGUAAUGAAAGGGCUUCACCUCAACACACUCCUGGACCUACGCUGAAGUUUAGCGGAGGUGCCCUUGCCGGGAGUGUCAUAUCGGGAGGAAGCCUGGAGACGAAAUUCAUGAAAAGAUUUAAAAAUACUAAUGUUGUUCGUGGUAGUAUUCCUAAAAGGAAAUCGGACAGCUUGUCUGGCAUUACCAGUCUGGUUGGUGACAGUUUAGGCGGAGGUUUGCCAACGUUGACACUGCCAUCACCGAGCGAUGAAACUCCGGCCGGAAGUACCGCCAACAGCUCAGUAGCAUCGACACCCACGGCUGAAAUGGAAACCGAUGCUGCUUUGCUGAUGCCUGCACCGGAGGAUUCACCAUAUUUCCCGGAGAAGUACUCGUGCAAGAUGUGUGCCUUGUGCAAUUUGGGCGAACGCAGUCAGCUCGGUCAGGGCGAGAUGUUGCGGAUCGAGGUCAAGGAUGAUGUGGAAGUGGCUGUGGCGGCUGUACUGCAAUCACAGGAAGAAAAGGCAGGUACGGAAAGUUUCGGCGAAAGUCCGAAAACUGGAUCCCUUGCACUUGGAGUCCCUCCGCUACUGAGCAGCAACAAAAGACAGAAAGGACUAAAUAAGUGCAAAAACCCAGUGGUAACAGCGGAGUAUGUGGAUGAACUGGAAAAAAUCGGCCAUGUGGAUCCGAUCGAUUUUGCUUCGAUCAACGAUGGUGGAUUUUUCUACAUUCACCGAUCGUGUGCUAUCUGGUCGUUCGGAGUCGGUCGGGACACAGUGAGUGGAAUUUUAAGCAAUCUGGAAGUGGUGGUUGCCCAAAGUUUGAGCAAGAAGUGCUACUUUUGUUCGCAUUAUGGAGCAAGCUUGGUGUGCAAGAUGUCUUGCCCGAAAUCUUUUCACUAUCCUUGCAUAGCGGCAGCCGGUGGGUUUCAAGUUAUUCAAUCGUACAAUUGCUUCUGCAAGGAGCAUCUUGGACAAGUGCCUUUAGUGUGUACGGACGACAUCAACUGUCGGCAGUGUUCGGCCCUGGGCGAUGUGGGUAAUCUGAUGAUGUGUUCGAUUUGUGGGGACCAUUAUCACGGUACGUGCGUAGGACUAGCGCAGCUACCGGGAGUGCGAGCCGGUUGGCAGUGUUCGUCCUGUAAAAAAUGUCAGAUUUGUCGAGUGCCUGAUCUGAGUGAAGGUCGAACGGUUGCUUGUGAACAGUGCGACAAAAUCUAUCACGCAAGCUGUCUACGGCCCGUUAUGACCUCUAUUCCAAAAUAUGGAUGGAAGUGCCGUUGCUGUAGAGUUUGUUCGGAUUGUGGUUCGAGAACACCCGGUGCUGGCGCGUCUUCGCGGUGGCACGCACAUUAUACGGUAUGCGACAGUUGCUAUCAGCAAAGGAACAAGGGUUUCUCAUGCCCAAUAUGUCAUCGAGCAUACCGCGCGGCAGCACAUAGAGAGAUGGUCAAGUGUAGUGGAUGUAACAAGUUUGUACACAGUACAUGCGAUCCAGAAGCCGAUCUGGCUGUUUAUCACGUGAAGAAGGAGAGCAAUCCUGAUUAUGAGUACCUCUGCAAUCCUUGUAAGUCCGCUAUUCACACCGGUCGUAUAGCGGCUAUGCGAAGGAACAGUAGUAUUGAUGAUGACAGCAUGACGGCUUCACAGGAAAGUUUGAACGAUGAAUCCAUGGACGUGGACCCGGAACCCCGAGAAAGAAUGUUUGUUGGAGAUAUUGGACUCGGUAAAGGAAAGCCGUAUGUAGCAAGCAAGAUUGCCAAGAAGAGAUUGGGUUUCACGUUUUCCGGCAGUAACCGACCGAAAGGUAACGGAAAAGGAUUCCAAAAACGAUCACGUCUUGCGGAUUUCAGUAGGAAGCGGGGUCCGAAAGCAAAAAUGCGUGGAAUUUUUGGUGUUCCUGGUUUAGGGUUGCAAAGACCCACGGCGGAUUCUUCUGCUUCGAAAGCAUCGGAAGAUGAACCCGGUGGUGACAAUAGGCUUGUUUUAUGUUCCGCGAAAGACAAAUUCGUUUUAACCCAAGACAUAUGUGUAAUGUGUGGAGCUAUUGGUACUGACCAGGAAGGAUGUUUGAUAGCCUGCACACAAUGUGGUCAGUGUUAUCAUCCGUACUGUACCAAUGUGAAAGUGACAAAAGUGAUACUGCAGAAAGGUUGGCGUUGUUUGGAUUGCACUAUUUGCGAAGGUUGCGGUCAAAGAAAUGACGAAGCUCGACUCAUUCUGUGUGACGAUUGUGAUAUUUCGUAUCACAUCUAUUGUAUGGAUCCACCACUUGAACAUGUUCCGCAAGGAAACUGGAAAUGUAAAUGGUGUGCAAUUUGUUUGAAGUGUGGCUCGAAUGAUCCCGGUUACAAUUGUAGUUGGCUUAACAAUUACUCUGAGUGUGGUCCUUGCGCUAGUCAAGCAAACUGUCCGUGUUGCGGAGAAGGGUACACUGAAGGGGAACUUAUAAUUCAAUGUCACCAGUGCGAACGGUGGUUACACUGUGCGUGUGAUCAAAUCAAAAGCGAAAAUGAUGCUGAACGUUGCGCUGAGGAAGGUUACAAUUGUGUACUGUGUCGACCUCUGGAUAUGCCUCCACCGCACUUAGUUCCCAAAAAGAAAGCUAUAUCAGUACCUAUCCCUACACCAAAAUCUACGCCGAAAGCAGAAGAAAAAAUAAUUCCUCUUGCUCUCGAAGGGAAUCAUUACGUGGACGGGGUCUGUCUCAGUGAACAUGGGUUGCACCAAAUUAAAGCUUUACAGGCAGAAUUCGGCAAGCGAGGCAAACGAAAACCGAAGACUCAACUGGAACCACCUUCAACGGAUAAGGAUGCUGGGAUACUGGCAGCGAUCGAAUCCGUUGUGGCUGGUAGCAGCUUGGACAAUUCUUUUGAUGAUGUCAAGUUGGAACCUUUGGAUCCGAAGGAAGAGGCCGAAAUGUACAAGGACGGUAUGGUCUGGAAUGACCCAACGCCACCGGAAGGAUUUGCGUUGUGUACCAAUGAGCAAGGAGUGGUAGUGUUGAGGAAAAAGCGUCAAAGAAAUCUUCAGAAGCUAGGCAUCGGAGGGUUUUUUGUGCGAAAUCGUUCGGUACGUACAAAAGAUGGCAAGGAGGAAGACGAUGCUCUAGUGGACGGAGUUGUUCCCCAAAUCGGCGAAGAAGCUGCUUCGGAGGUUAAACCUAAGAAGAAACCUAUUCGACGGAAACAGAAGAAUAAAUUGAUAGAGAUUUAUCCAACUAUACUACAGGAUGCUUUCUUCGGACGCUCGUUGUUGAGUUCUAACACUUCGGUUAAAUUUGAAAUUCAUGAAAGUGACGAUGAAAUCAAAAGCGAUGUAUCCGAAGACAAAACUAUAAAACUGAAUGCCGAUGAGCUGAGAUACGUCCAGGAAAUGAAGAUCAAACAGGAGGAAAAAUUGUUACAGGAACAGAAAGCUUUGCAGCGAAGCAUGGAGCAAGCGCAAGUACCAAUAGCGGCAGUGGUACAACCAGCGACAGAUGUAUCAAUUGCAAGUGCACCCGGUGCAACCGGUGACGAUGGAACGGGUGCUAUCAAGACCGAGGAUGACGAUAAUAGUGAUACGGAGGCACUGAAAGAUGUUCUAGGCCUUCCGAAUGAUCUAAUCGAAGAAGAUUUCGUUAACCGGAUUAUGAAUGAUGACGAAGAAUUGACAAAAACUUCGGCAGCGUUUGAUGAAUUAACUGCGGAUGGUGAACUCGGAGACAAUUUGACAUCCAAGACAGCCAAGAACGAGCUGGCCGAUAUUUUGAGUCCUGAUUUUAAUUUGGACAAUCUAGGAAACAUGGACAGUAAGGAGGUUGAGGAAAUAUUCAAGAAUGUGCUGACGGAUGAAUCCCAGGAAUCUCAGGAGUCUAUGUUCACCAAUUCGAUGACUCCGUACACAUCCAACACAUCUACUCCCUCGCACAGCAUCGAUGUAACCAAGAAAGUAGUGCCCCAGCGAUAUCUCAAUACAUCCGCUAUGGGUAUGCAACAGAUGACUCAGUCAUCGCAACAACCUCUUACACCCACCGGACAACCUCUGUUGAACGAUCAAUCGUUACAAGUAAAUUUGGGGAUCCAGUCACCUCAGACUCCCUUGAUGAAUCAAAUGGGAAUGCCUUCACCCCACAUCCAGCAGUCACCGCAGCAUCAACCAAUGGGACCCAAUAUGAUGAUUCAGCAGCCAUCGCCCCUCCAGCAACAGCCAACUACACCUGGCACACCGGUUCAAAGCAUUCAAGCCACAAAUACUUCGCAGCCGCAUUUGCCAAUGAUUGGCACACAGCAGUUACAGUCACAACAAACACAAGUUUCCAUCCAAGCUCCGCAGCAACCGAUGGGUAUCAGUGCUCAACAACAACAACAACAACAAGCACAGCAGCAACUGAAUCGAGGGUAUUAUUCAAAUAAUUUCCUCCCACAAAGAGCACAAUUCAACCUAUCGGAUCCGAUGCAGCAACCACCUCCACAAAUUAUCACGCAACAAGUCAUUCCAGGGGUUCUUCCCCAGCAACAGCAAGCCUCCAUUCAAACCCAGUCUGGUCCAACUCAAUGGACGCCGGCAGGUCAACCACUGCAAAACGCUGCGACGAUGCCAAUGGGAACAACUUCAUCGGCUAUGCUAGCCGGAACAAGUGGUGGUGAAAUAUCCGGUAGCAUUGGGCCCAUGGACGAUGGUAUGGGAACCCUUACUGGUGCUUCAGCUGCUCAGAAAAUGUCCGAACGUAUGCGCUUGGAUGAACCUCUCGGAGAGUUGGCCACCAUUUCUUCCGUACUGUAUUGCAACACUCAACAUCCGGAGCUCAAACUGGAAUAUCCAAAUUGGACCGAUCGGUGUAAACAGGUAUUCAAGCGUUGGCGCUUGCUGUCCACGGAACAGAAGCAGCCCUACCUACAACAGGCACGAGAUAACCGUUCCGCUAUUCGGAUGAAGAAAUCACAGCAGGUACCACAAAUGUCACCUAAAGACGUCAAUAGUAAUAGUUCAGGUCAAGUGAAUGUUGUCCCAUCACCUUCCUCAUCAUCAUCAUCACAACCACCAUCAUCCGUCGUCGUUUCGCAGAGUGGCGUUGCUGCUGAUGCUUCCGUCUUGAUCGGUGUCGCCGAGCACUCACAAUUGAUGACGAACCAACAACAGCAGCUACAAGCGCAGAUACAACUACAACAACAGCAACAGCGCCAACAGCAGCAACAGCAGCAAGUUCUCAAACCGCAGCAGCUAAUUGAGGUGCAAGGAAAUUCUUUGGACGAUGGAACCGAUAGUUUAGAUGAACUAACCGGAACAUCUAAUCCUAACGCUAUUAGUUCUCUUCUUGAUAGUAACACCACACCUUCUUCUUCUAACGAUACUAAUACCAAUGCAUCUAUAGACUCUGUUAUUGGUGAUGGUAGCAAGAUAACCACAAAUACUAGCACUACCACUAGCACUAUUACUAUCACUACUAACCCACUACUGUCUAACACGAUGAGCGAUAAUGCCACUUCGAAUGUUCUAUCGUCAGUUGAAUCGGAAUCUCAGGAAGCGAACCCUGCUAAUAACAAAGCAAAUCUUCUUGUGGCAGCUAAUAUUGCAAAUACGUUUAUAAAUCUUUCCAAUUUGAACUCGACUGCAGUUCCUACUGCUGUGCAAGGUGAACCCGCAAUGGGUCAGAAUGUGCAGCAACCGCAUCCUACGCAAAUGAAUCCGAUUUCCCAAACUAGCGUUAACGUUGUUGUUAGUCAGCCAGUGACCGCUCAUGUUAUGAAGACUUUUACUAUUGGUACAAAUCGAGCAAGCAUUUUUGUUCCGAAUGUGAUAGCGACCAAUAUUUCACCUCACUUCACGGUUCAUCAUCAGUAUGGAUUACGCAGUGGCCCUGCACCGAACGUGACUGUAAAUCCGAAUGGUAAUUUCAAUACGAAUUCAAGUGCAGUGAUCAGACCAGGGUUUACCCACCUAAGACCGUUUGUACCACAAAGCUCUAACAUCAAUUUCAACAUCAUUGGUAAUGGUUCCGCAAUACAAUCGCCAAUUUUGGCUGCUUCAUUGCAAACAAUCAACAAAAUUGCUGCUCAGCAGCAACAAACUCAGCAUCCUGCCAUACAGCACACGCAUGCAAGAGGUAAUUUGAACAAAAUUAUCAACGUUGGUCCAGAUGGAACACCAAAAAUUUUACUAGCAACUACCCCUGUCCAUCUGCAAGCACAACAGCAAAUUAUCAUGCCAAUGGAUCGUCAGCAACCACCAGAAAAUUCCAGCCCUGGUUACAGUCCUCAACGUUCUCUUACACCAUGUUCAUCGCGAUCAAUUACACCACAUAUGCAAUCAACAAUGACAAACAACGACCAACAAAUUCGAGUGUUAACGCCAUCGGAAAUCAUGCGAACUCUUCCUUCAUUGGAUACUACUUCAUAUGAAGGUGGUCUGUCUUCGAACGAUUCUUUCGGAAAAUUAAGCUCCCAUGCACAAGCAAUAACUACAAACACCCACAGUCAAUGUCACACAAAUACGGCAAGCGCCGCUACCCAUACAACCGGUAGUGGAAGUGACACAAGUUUCAACGCUACUGGCUCCGGUUGCAGUGAAAGCAUUCACGGCAGCAAUCAACAGUUUCUUGAUUCUAGCAAUGGCGACAACUCGAAAAGAAAUGAUACUCACGAUAGCAUUGACGGUAGUGUCAAACUCAACACUAACACACAUACAUCCACAACCACCACCACCAUCGCCAACACUACCACCAACAUCAAUUUAUGUAAAAAUGCAGCAGCUUCCGGUUACAAUGAGACCAAUUGUUCCUUCUCUACAACCACCAUUAACACCGCGACCUACGACACGUGUUUGCUAGGAACUAGUACAACUGCAACCUCCACCAGUAGUUCCUCUAGUAUCGCUACUACUACUACUACUACUACUACCACCACUGUUACUACCACUACUACCACUAAUGUUGUUACUACCACUUCUACUACCGCACCAGAAACGGAUCAGGACAAGAUAAGCGCUCAACAGAAGAGUAUGCGCGAGGCGGAACAAGAACGCCAGUGGAAACAGUUGCAGCAACAGCGAGCACGGGAGCAACAGACACAACAACAUAUGAUUAUGACCGAUCAAAGAAUCCAAGACCCAACAAUGCAACUGCAAGUAUCUACCGACGUUUCUCCAAUGGGACCAAUGGCCAGUCCGUCGCCUACUCGUACACAGUUUGUGUCACCAGUUAAUAAGGGCAGAAUGGUUGCACUCGGUCAAAAUCCACCCUCCAGUCCUGUAUCAAACUUCUCACAUCAGGGAAUGCCAGGACGUCCGAUGCAAGUGCAAAUGGGCCAACAACGUCAGCUUCCGGGUCAGCCACGACCGAAUCAGAGUCCAUUUUCUCCCCAAUCACAGCCCCCGCAAUCACCUCACGAUAUGUUACCAGAGUCACCGGCCAGUCAGACCAGUUUGGAUCCGUUUGCUCGGCCACCAUCGGAAGGUGUUCCGGACAACUACGUACACCAUUCACCGCAAACCCCGCGAUCCGUCGGCCAUCAAAGUCCAAUUCCAACACCAAAUCGCAGUCCGGCUUACUCCGGACAAACGAUUCCGAACCCACAGACUGCCAUGCGCAUCAAUUUGGAUACACAAUAUGCACAGGCGCCUGGUACUCCGAGGCCACAGUUUUCUGGAAAUCAAGUGCGACCAACGGUUUAUGCUCGCCCCGGUGAUCUAUUCGGCCCUAUUCAAACAUCGCCAUUUUCUUCACCACAUUCGGAUAAUUUCCAUCAACCAGCACAAGAAGGAAACCGUCAGUUACGAGACCUUCUACAGCGUCAGCAAAUACCGGCCACAGGUCAGAAUCCACAGAUGGUUCCAAAUCAACAACCAACAAUACAGUCUCCCCAACCAAUGCAACCACAAUCACCAUUCAUGGAUGACCAACAGUCAGCGGGUCAGUUACAGGGAAUUCCACUGCAACAGCCACAACAACAACAGCAGCUCCCGAAUCAACAGCUACAACAAGCUCCAACGGAUAUUGGUACCUUCCGUCAGCCAUUGCCGCCCAAUAUGAUGACCAGACCUAGACUACAAAUACCUGGAAACUCUAUUCGUGCUCCAGGUAGUAAUGUAAUAUCGGUUCCAGGUGCUGGCCCCAACGGUCCAGUUAUGGUUAAGCAACAAAUAGUUCGAGCCGAUGGAGUGAACCAAAUGUUGAUCAUGCAACAGAACGUACUCCAACACCAGCAGCUUAUGAGACAGCGCAUGCAGUUACCUAUUGGUCAAACCCGUCCCGAUGGGUCAUUCGUGGGACAAAUGCCGCAAGGAGGAAAAUUGAUUUCCCAGCAGCAAAUCGGGAAGCAAGGUACAUUGACAUCUCAAACGGAUCAACAAAAUAUUGCCUUGAUAGCCCAAAGAUUGGCAGGAGAAGGCGAAGCUCAUGUACCAGCGUCUACUCCAACGUCUAAUUCGAACUCCAUUGUUCAAACUGGUGGGACUUCAGGUCAGACUGCCACACCAAACCAGUCGCAACAGGGUGUGGUCGACGGUGCCUCAGAGAUUCCAGAUAGUGUUUCGGCCGAACUUGAGAAAUUGGAACAAGAAGAUAAUACCGGUAUUGGUGAAGUCGAAGGGGUUGGUGAUAUUCUAGGUGGGUUGGGAGAUGACGAUGACGAGCUGUUGGAUUCAUUGACCGCCGAAAUGGGAGCAGAUUUCAAUAUUUUGGAGUAUGCGGAUCCAGAGCUUGAUACCACUGAUGGUGAAAAGUCCAAUAUAUUGGAUAGUUUAGAACUGGAGGACCCAGAUGGUGAGAAAUCGGAUGAGAAGACCAAAACAUCAUCAAAUGCACCACCAUCGAGUAAACCAGAGGGUGCUGAUGGAAACGAUCAUUCUGAGCAGUCUAAGCUGACCGGAUCCUCAACAACACUGACUCAUUCUAUUGAGGUGGGCAACCCUUCGAAAUUGGUAUCUCACCAGCAGCAUCAGGGAGCAUUGGUUCACGGUCCGACGACGUUAUCGCAGCAACCACAAAUGCAGCCACUGCAGCAACAAAUAUUGAGCCAACAACCACCAACUCAACUUCAGCAGAUGAUUGGAGGGCAACAGAUGCCCCCUCAACAGCAAGCACCAGUUCAACAGUUGCAGCAACAGCUAAUUGCCGGUCAAAUGAAAGGCAUUAGACCAAAUAUGCUUACGCCGACACAUCUUCAACAGAUUCAGCAGCAGAUGCAGCAACAGGUACAACAAGCAGCCGCCAUCGGUAAGCCAAUGGCCGUGGGAACACAACUCUUGUCCAAGGAAGGUGCUGUUGGCGUAGUUAAUGCAAACAAUACUGUGUCGGUAACCGUUCGAACAGGGUUACUAAACCAAUCUCGGAUUCAACAGUUGAAACUAGGUCAUCCUGGUGCGUUAGCCCAACAGAAUAUAAUUCCGGGUCAACAACAGACACGCAUCGUGCAUCAAAUUCAAGGAAAUCGAAUAAUUCAAACCGUCAAUCCCAAUCAAGCCGGUCAGCCACCGCUUAGUACAGGGCAAUCUGUGCUUCACCAACAAUUGCAGCAACAACCAGUUCAGACAGGUGCUGUACCGGUAGCCGUUCCCGGACAGUCUCAAUUACCUCCUCCGCCCUAUCCUGAACCACCACCACCAUAUCCAGGAAGCCAAACUAAUGCGAUGCAAGGACCUCCGGGGGUCAAUCAGAAUUGUCAAGUAAUGCCUACGACACCACCGCAGCUGCCGCCGCCACUGCCAGCCGAUCCACAGCAGCAAAUGCAAUCCCAAUCGUUACCGUCACUAACACAUCCAUCAAUACACCCACUUCCACCUUUUCCCCCGUCGGGUUCCUUUCAAUUUGGACAGUUGGCGUCGUAUCACCAGUUCUUCCCUGGAGAGCCCUUGGCUCUGACGGACCGUAAUCAUCUAGAGGGGUAUGACGACUACUCACAGCGUAGAAAUUAUUACCAUGGGGCCGUUACGGUACCAUUUUCUGUUACUAAUGCCCGACGUUCGUUGCUGAUAAAGGAGCAAAGACUGCUGCUGGAAGAUCUGCUGGAGCAGGAAAAACGAGAGCAAGCUGGUCAGGUCGCGGUUAAUGAUGUCAGUAACCCUGGUCUGCAACCGAGUAUGUUAAGCGAACAGGAUUAUGAGACACUUCUCAACAAUCAACAGCAGCAACAACAACAACCAGGAAUGCGAGUAGCUCAACAAAAUCUAAUCCAAGGUCAAGCUCCUGUCCAGCUACCACCGCAUGUACAGCAGCAAGCGCAACCACAACUGCUAACACAGCAACAGCCACAACCUGGCCAAAUUCAGUCACCUGUCGGUGGCCAAUAUAUAAUGCAACAGCAACGUAUUAAUCCACAGUGGCGUCCUCAGACACCGGUCACUGGUGGAGCAGUUGCUAAUUUAAUUAAUCCUCUGAACAAGGCAGCCGGAUCGAUGACUGCGGGUACGAGUGGAGCACCGCCAACAGUUCAUUCUGCUGAACCGGUACACAAACCAAUCCAAUUGUACCAAGCCAAUUUACAACCAGCACCACAAGUACCACCAGAAAACAUCACUAACGAACAGGAACGUCAGAUACUGAUUACAUACGAGAACUGGAUGAAUCAGCAAAAUAAUGCCCUUACCAAUCAACUGAAGUUUUAUGAAACUGAAAUCGGCAAACUUCGAAAAGUGAAAAAGCAGCUGAAUACUAAGCAACGUCAAUUGAAAAAAGCUGGUAAUGAGCUCGCAGAAGCUGACAUGAAAGAGCUAACGCAGGUUACUUCUGACCAUGCCGUUGUACAAAAACAAUUGGACAACGCUAGAAAGCAACUGCGACAGCACACGCUUCUCAUACAGGAAUAUAAAACUAAGCAGCAAGCAAAGAUGCAAUCAAACGUGGCAACUGCGCCAGGGAAUUCUCCGGCACAAAUAGCACCCCCCUCACCGCUCAUGUCGCCGUCGCCGAGCUCACAAAUUCAUCUGCCACCGGCACAAUCGCCGCUGAACAAUCCAAUGUUACAACCAAAUCAGAGUCCUCUGCACUCCCCCGGCCCGUUGAUGUCUCAGAGCCCUGGUCCGGCUAGUGUAAAUUCAGUAAUGCAAAGUCCCGGUCCGCACACAAAUUCAAAUAGUGCAAUGUCACCGUACAACACAAUGCAACAAUCGCCCCGAAUUGGUACGCCACAUUCACAGGCAACUGAUGAGAAUCCCUUCAGCCCCGGACCGUCACCAUCGCCGUCGAUUCCGGGAAGGUUAACAUCACCAGCCCCAAGAAUGACAUCUCCUCAGCACCGUGUUUCCGGCCAGCAAAUACCUUCAGGUCGAAUGGUAACUAGUCCAGGAGGCCAAUACGCACAGCAAAACAUAAUCGUUCAAAACCAGAUGAUGGCACAACAGCAGACACGUUUUGUCCGACCUCAGAGUAUUCCGAAUGAUCAAAACGUUCGUAUGCGAGUCGCUAGCUCUUUGCAACAGCAACAACAACAACAGCAACAACAACAAAUGAUGCAAUCUAAUCCAAACAUUAGACAAAUGCAGCCAGGUUAUAACUCACCACUUGGAAGUCCACAACCUAUCAUGUCACCUGGAACACCACAGCAGCAGCAACAGCAGCAACAGCAACAACAACAACAGCAACAACAAAUGCAACAACAGCAAAAUAUACAGUUGAUGCAACAACAGCGAAUGCAGCAAAUACAACAGCAGCGACAACAAAUGAUGCAGCAACAGUUCCAACAUCAAAUUAUGCAACAGCAGCAACAACAACAACAACAACAACAACAACAACAACAACAACAACAACAACAACAACAACAGCAACAACAACAAUCACCACAGCAACAACAGCUUCCACAAAUAAUACAACAACAGCAAAUACCUCAGCAGCACCCACAGUUGCAAAUGCAACAACAAAUGCAACAACAGCAACAACAACAACAACACAUCCAACAACAGCUUAAUCAGAUGCAGCAGCAGAACCAGCAACAGAUGAACUUUGCCAAACAAAGUCCAGUUCAUCAGCAACCACCGUCACCACUUCUGAGCCAAGGAGGCAGCAGCACACCUGGCUCUUCUCCGAUGCCACCGAGCCCUAUGCUUUACUAUCAGCAACAACAGCAACAACCUGCAUCGCAGCAGCAACAGCAACAACAACAAAUAUUGCGACGACCGCCAAGUGCAUCGAAUCAGUAUAUGCAGCAAGAUUCGACUGACGGAUCUUCGGGUAGUGCGAGUACCAACAAUAAUAGCGGCGGUGGUGGUGGUGGAGGGGGAGGAGGAGGUGGAGGAGGUAAUCCGGGUAAUCCCAUACCGAUCAUACCUGGCUUUGGAAAGUUCGGCUACAUAAAACUUGGUCUCCGUGGAGGUUCUCCCAUGUGGGGCAAUGCAAGAAGCACAAAAGGGUCUAAUCCCAUGGCUCACAUACAGCAAAGUUAUGGACAAGGUGUCGCAAAGCCGUCAGGCCAAAUAGCUGGGCCAUCAAAUGCCGGUAUCGGGGGCGUAACUCCAGUGCAACAAAGUGACGCUACGAAGAAAGGUACCUCCGUGAUGGCUCGAAGUAGAGUAACCAUCGUCCAGAGAGCUGGCCAUCCAGGUGGUAGGGAUAACAGUUCGGAAGAGGUUGUACAGAUCGAUAGUAGCCCUGAUGAGAAGCAACGGAUCCUCGAUUACGACGAUGAAGGUGAUAAACGACUGGUGACAACGGAGGUUUCGUUAAGCUCAGUGGCGCAAUCUGCUACCGAAGCCGAUGAUAUAAUGGAUUCAUUCACACAUUCGGGUUACGACAUUGGUGCUAGUCCUCUGGGUGCACAAGCCGUUAGCAGUGAGUAUGACUUGUUCGCCCAGGAUGUUGUGGUAGACUGUGUCGAUAAUGGCAAGACAACUCAGAAAGCUGAAGCAUUGAAAGCAGUCAUGACUAAAGACGGAGAACAUUCUAGCACUAGAAUUGUAACGAUUGAUAGCGGUGACAAAGUACCACAACACAAUUUUGCCACCACAGAAGACUUCGAAGCUAUGAUUGACAGUCGACCCAAAGAUUCAGAAACGAAAUCUGAUGAAGAAGGAAAAGAUGCAGUUGGGGAGGAUAUUCUGAAAGGUGGCAUGAAGACCCCAACUAAAAGUACGAGUGACAUUACCGUAGGUUUGCAGAGUCCAAAACCUAUUACUUAUCCGGGGCGUAUUUCAAUCCAGCAAACCCUCUUACAAAACCGGCCACCAAUAGUUACCUCUGUAUCGGCUGCUCACCAAAAGCUAGUUAAAGAUGCAACAGAAACUACUGCCAAAUUGUCCAUAGGAAAUACCACUAUUUCCGUUCCGAUACUAAAGAGUUUUCCGUUGACCGCAACUCCUCCAAAGGCACAAUCGGAAGCCACAACUAAUUCCCAUAAACCACCGAAAAAGAUUAUUAAUUCCACAUCCAUUUCUAUGGGUAACAUUUCAAAAAAUCCUGGAACCGUCAUUUCAGUUGCUGGACAAAAAAUCAACACUACCAGCAUCGUAACACUAUCUUCUUUGCAUUUGACUCAAUCACCUGCGUUUAUUACGAAAACUUUUUCUCGUACAUCGCACAGUUUGCCGCCUCAUCAACAGCAGCAAGCAGCCCCACAGGGACCGCAGACAUCUCAGAUAAAAAUGCAGCAAGUUACUGCGCAAGGCUGUGGUGGAAAUUCAGCUCAAACGUCCAGUCAGAUUGACAAUCUGAUUAUUAAAUCAAAACAAAGAGCUUCUUCGCCUGGGUUGAGUUACGCGAAACUAUCAUCCCUCACAGUUACCCAGGAUACCUCCUUGCCGAACAAAAUUUUCGAAGAUGAUUCAAUUUCACCGGACAGUUCGAUCGGUCAAGAAGAUGUUGAGCAGCUCAGCAACCUCGAAAAGGUAGAUUCAGUAGUAGUUGAUGAGGCCACACGAGCUGAUAUCAGUGUAGGAGUCGAAGAUGUCCACAUGGCUUCACAUGAUGGUUCAAACGAUUCGCACUCCGGUGAAUUGAAGAAACAGGGGGUCAUUCCAGUUCAUGUAAUUUCAAAAUCACGCGAGAACUCCAAAAGUCCAAUUCUGGGACCGGUUGGACAGCGAAUCGUAUCUGCUAUACCACAACUUUCGCCUUUGUCACAACCGAAUGAACUAACCAUGAAUGCCAUGAACGUUUCCCAACAAGUCCGGUCAAUAAUGUCGUCGAUAAACUCCAGCACAGCUACGUCUGUUGGACAAUCGAAAGCAGACAUUGGAGGAACUGUUAUAUCUACAGCUCCUUCGACUGGCGCUAAUACAAUUUCAACCAUCACGUUCGAAACGGUGAUUCCUGCUAAAGGAGAUAACAUGAGUAAACCGGAAACCAUUGCAAGCAUUUUAAAAACUGUUUCUGGAAAAACCAUUCUACCUGCUGCUGCCGUUGCCAAUGCUUCUAUUGCCAACAAAUCCGAGCAGGGUACCAUGUCAUCAAUUUCUUCUAUACCAGGAACAAAACUACUUAACCAGCAGUUGCAAAUUGGACGUAUUUCGCCAGCAGUAUCCUCCAGCGGUAGCAACAUUCUUGUUGUCAAACAAGUUCGUGCUCCGUUACAGAAACAUACUACGCCAACUCAAGCACAAAAACAACAGCUACUGGUGUUGGCACAACAGCAACAACAGCAACAGCACAUGAAAAUUCAGCAACAAUAUCAGCUUCAUCAUCAUCACCAACCAUCGCAUCAGCAUCAACAGCAACAUCAGCAAUCACAGCAACAUUUGCAACAACAUCAACAACAGCAACAGCUUCAACAACAACAACACCAGCAACAACAACAGCAGCAACAACAGCAGCAACAACAACAGCAGCAGCAACAGUCAUUGCAUCAAGGUAGUGUCAUAAUACAAAGUCAACCUCGAACUCAAUCAGCUGAAAUAGCGAAGAGUAGCAUCGACAGUAGCAGUACAAGUAGUAUUGCUAGUAUCCUAAGCAGUACUCUGCAACAACCUCAAACAAGGAUUGUAAACUUUAGUGAUGUAUCAACAAUCACAAGCCAACCACCAGGGCUGAUCAUGACUUCUCGUCCAGGUGUUAUUUCGGUUUCUGGUACAGGUCCUCAAGUGGUCAGUAGUUUUACUACUGCUAUGACGACUACAACAACCAGUAUUCUGAGUGCGACUCUUUCGCAACCGAUGAAACCCAGUACCCAGACAAUCUCCACACUUUUGCAAAAUCAACUGCAGGGACCAUCGUUCCGGCGAUCAAAAUCCACCGAUGAAGUACCUGCCGGUUUCCCACGAGAGAUCACAGCUCAGGCUGUUUGUAAACGUCUAAGCUUAGAAGCAUCGAAUGUGGUAAAAAGUGAACCUGUUGACAGUACGGAGGAUAAUAACGUUUCUUCCACUUCUUCCUUUAACUCAAAUACCGGUCAAGGAAGUGGUUGCAAAUUUUCCACAAUGGUAACGCCAUCUGGAGCAAAGCUAGACUCGGACAGUCAAAAUGUUUUACUGAAACAACUUCUCCAGAAUACCGGAUCAACUUCAACGCCAUCACCAACACCACCGCAGAUGACACGUCCGGUUCCAAGUUUAAUUACUAGUCAACGAGCGCCUAGUCUAGGGGUGGUGAGCUCUCUUGAAGCCCAACUGGCUCGACCAGUAAUUCCUCCAUCUGCCAAUCCACCGGCCAUGCAAAUCAUCAGCACUCAGGCAGUAACAAUGACAACUUCUAGCACAACCGCUCCCGCCGAAUCGCAACAAAAGACGGUCACAACAAAGCUGGUAUCACGUGAGACUUCGUUUGUUUCAAAACCGGCCUCCGUAUCCAUAUCAUCUAGUCAUCCAACGCCGAAUCUUGCUGCCAAUAUGCUUGCUGCUAGCAUGAAAAAGGAGGAAAUGAUGCAAGCUGCAGCAGCAUCGGCUGCAGCCGCCGCUUGCUCCAUAAGUCAACCGAUUACUGUUCAAAGUACGGUGAAGACCGAGUCUGGCCAAAUGACUGUUACACAAAUCACACAACCCAUACAAACAGGACAGCAACUGUCACAGCCUCCUGUUUCUACCACUGAAAUGACUAGUGUUACGUUAAUUAAACGAGAACCAACACCGAUCCAAAGUGUAACAAUGAGAAUACCUGAGCAACAGCAACAACCUCAGAUAUCAAAAGCUACAACUCCAGUGGAUGUGAAAAAAGAAUUACCGGAUGAGCAAAUAGCUGGGAUGUCGCCGGUGUUUCCUUCUUCUGCCACGGUAACUCCGAUGGAUUCCGUCAAACAGGAACCGCUGGUAACAUCGAACAAACAACAGGAAUCAGCAGAUGUGACUCCGGAAGCAAUCGCUAAAACACCCGCCGAAAUUGCACAUGAGUUGAAAAAGAAAAAGCGUCGCGAGUACCAGAAAAAUCGUCGUCAGAUGCAAAUUCAAUCCAACAAAGAACAACAUCAGGCCAAGAAAAAGCCCCGUAAAUCGACGAAAUUGGAAGAAGAUUACGAUACGUACAUUGAUCAGUUGAUGUUGCAACUUCGUCAGCUUCCACCAAUGCAAAUAUUAGAACCUCUUCUACCUAGGAACUAUGGGGUAUGUCAGCUUUUCGGUACCGGAGAUCUUUCCAAGUUUGCCAACGCAAAUGAUCACUCGUUUACCAAUGGAGAUCUAUUGGGAAGCUUCGGAAACGCUCAGAUACCCAAUGUUGCUGAUUUUUACAACACUAAACCGUUUGGUGUAAAAGAACCACCUCCGGAACCGGUUCAUCCAUCAACUCAACGAGGUUUUUACGAUCAGGAAUUUCCGCCGAUUAAAUUUGAGACGGAAGAUCGCUAUCGUUAUGAUUUCAUCAAGGAUCGUGAUUUGGAUUCACCGGAUACGAUUAUAAGCGCUUCUAGUCCCGAAACCGUUCGAUGGGAUUCACCAAUUCACUUCCCCGGUUUGCGAUUGAUCAAGGAGGAAGGUAGCGAAGAUGAACAGGUGAUGGUAUAUAACAGAAUGUCCCCGAUCAUUCCAAUUGUGGCUCCGAUUCCUAUUAGACUGAAGAAGGGAAUAUCGUUGUCUGCCGAUAAGAGCAUUAGCUGUCUUCUGCCUGAUAGCAACAAAGAAAACGAAGGAGAAAAAGAAGGUCUAGGAAUCAAAUCUCGGUUUGGACCACCAACACCACUGAAAGACUCUAGUAACGUUACAGUAACAUUAACGCUAACAUCCUCUGCUGCCGAAGAUAUUAUUGGAGUGCUACGUGAUUUAGCCAACAUACUUGAAAUUCCGCCUCCGAUGGCUUAUCAAAUUGUGGAACGAACAACUACACCACCUAGUCAAAAACUUGGCCUUUAUCGAACUAAGGGGCGUGAUGGUAAGGAAGGAGCUCCAAUCGACAUCCAAACCAUUCUGAAUGGAGCAGCUAAAUUCUGUCGCCACUGUGAUGUGGUUAUCUUGAAUACGUUGAUUACGGCGAAGCCAUCUGAAUUUCCACUGUUGAGUAACAAUACACAUCAUGAACUGGAAUCGGAAGAGCUUUACUUCUGCAGUAAAGUAUGCUAUCGUCAAUUCCAGUGGCGUCCUACCAACAUUCUGGAAGAUAAGUUGGUUGGUAGCGACUCUGGUAAACUCAGAGAAAAUUUAGCUUUGAAGUUCAGCUUGGAUAUGGACGACAAUGUCAGUAUGAGUAACAGCGACGUCAAACAAGAGCUGAUCGAUGAUACCGAUAUUAGUAUGGCGAGUAUUAAGUCAUACGACAGUCGCGAUUCUACUAACAAUGAUCGCAAAAAGAAAUUUGAUGAAAUAGACAAAGACUUUGGACCACCCUCGAAGCAACUGAAAGGUUUAAGAUACAAAUACUUUGCAUCAACUGGUUUUCUGCUACAUCGAUACAAGAAACCCUCAGAGAAAGAAAUUACCGAGACUUUGUUUCGAAUGAACAUCACAGUAACUCCAACUCCAAAAAUGCCAGAUGACACUCGGCGAUGCAUAUUUUGUCACACCAUUGGCGAUGGCGUUGCCGAUGGUCCAUCCCGUUUGCUGAAUUACGAUGUUGAUAAAUGGGUUCAUUUGAACUGUGCACUCUGGUCCGAUGGGGUUUACGAAACGGUCAAUGGAGCGUUGAUGAAUUUGGAAGGUGCAUUGCAGCAGAGUCUUAGUUUAAGCUGCACUUUUUGUAACAAUCUUGGUGCCACAAUUAAGUGUUUCAAAACACGAUGUGCUAACGUCUAUCACCUCAGCUGUGCCAUGAAAGACAAUUGUGUAUUCUACAAGAACAAGUCGACCAUGUGCCAGUCGCACGCUCCAAGAACCGAAAAGGAUUCCGAGCUAACGACACUCAGUGUUCAGCGGCGUGUGUACGUGGACAGAGACGAGAGUCGACAGGUGGCGUCCGUGAUGCAUCAUUCCGAAUCGAACAAUCUACUGCGAGUGGGUAGUUUGAUCUUCCUAAGCGUUGGUCAGCUGCUGCCACAUCAGCUGCAAAAUUUCCACACGCCAAAUUUCAUCUAUCCAAUAGGGUACAAAAUUAUGCGUUUCUACUGGUCCAUGAGACGCCCGAACAAGCGUUGUCGAUACGUAUGUUCUAUUGCGGACGUUUGUGGUCGGCCAGAGUUUCGUGUAUUGGUUCAGGAACCAGCGGAAGAAGAUAUUGAACUGCGAGAUAACACACCGAAAGCAGUGUGGCAGCGAAUUCUCGAACCGAUGGCAACUCUUCGGAGGGAGAAUCAAAUCGUGCAACUUUUCCCCAAGUAUGUAACCGGGGAAGAUCUGUUCGGUCUCACGGAACCGGCUGUGGUACGCAUUUUGGAAAGUCUUCCUGGUAUCGAGACGCUCACCGACUAUCGGUUCAAGUAUGGCAGGAAUCCUUUGCUGGAGCUUCCUCUGGCAAUUAAUCCAUCCGGAGCGGCUCGAACGGAACCAAAGCUGAAGCAUACGUUGACAUGGAAAAAACCACACACCCAACGAACAGGUUCAGUAAGCCAACGGCCGGCAUUUGUUCCAACCAGUUCACCAGCGGGAGAGGUUGCUUGCCCAUACAGCAAACAAUUCGUACAUUCCAAGAGUUCUCAAUACAAAAAGAUGAAGCUGGAAUGGCGCAACAAUGUUUUUUUGGCACGUUCCAAAAUCCAAGGGUUGGGUUUGUAUGCAGCGCGGGAUCUCGAAAAACACACGAUGGUGAUCGAGUACAUCGGUGAAGUCAUUCGAACGGAAGUGUCCGAAUUGCGCGAGAAGCAGUACGAGGCCAGGAACCGUGGCAUUUACAUGUUCCGGUUAGAUGAGGAUCGUGUAGUCGAUGCGACCUUAUCUGGUGGUCUUGCCCGCUAUAUCAAUCAUUCGUGCAACCCGAACUGUGUGACGGAAAUCGUUGAAGUUGAGAGAGACGUGCGUAUUAUCAUUUUUGCCAAACGACGAAUCAAUCGCGGCGAAGAACUAUCGUACGAUUACAAAUUCGACAUUGAGGAUGAUGCACAUAAGAUUUCUUGUAUGUGCGGAGCACCAAACUGCAAGAAAUGGAUGAACUAAACUGAAACAGAACCCUCUUUGAUUAAGAAGCAAAUUAGUAAGUUGUAAAAUUGAUGGUUUAUGCAUAUUGUGUACUAUAUUUUUAAUUCACAUAUUUUUACUUGAUAAUAGCAGAUUUAUCUAGUUGUAGAAUUGUUAAAUAUUCUUACCUUAUUUUAGAGAGUCUGUUUCUCACUAACAGCUAUAAAAAGAAAAGCAUUGUUUUAUUGCAAGAAAAAAAAAUCUAGCUAUCUAUGGGUGAGAUAACAGAAGAGCAGAAUAUUUCGUCAUAUGUGUUAGUGCAAAUAGUAUCAAAAUAUAAGUAAUUUUUGUUCAGUGUGUCGAUCACUUUAUUUUUUUCGUCUGUAGAGAUUAUAGCGAAAAUAUCUAUCUCAAGAAUAUGCUUUAGCUGAAAGCACCCGGAGAAACGAUCGCGGUAGAAGGUUGAACCCAGUUGGUGGAUUGGAGUAGAAAAUAAAUUACAGUAAGACGUAGGCAAGUAUAGGAAAACAACAGUAGUUAGGUGUAGAAAGUUUUUAAUUUUGAACAAGUGCAUACACGGAUAAAAUCUGGGAUUAAGCUAUAGGAAAAAUUACUGUUAGACGGAAUACUUAGGAGCUACAAAAGUACUUGGAACAAUAAGUAUAACAGCGUACUGAAAAAAGCUAAACCAUAAUGGGAUUAUAUAUUACAUAUAUUUUCGGACAAUUAUUUUGCAAUACAUAAAUAUAUUUUGUAUACUAUGGCGUAGGUUUCUGGGAAUCAUUUCUAGAAUAGUCAGAAUAUUCGCGGGGUGCAACUGAUUGUCCAAACUCUUGAAAAGUACCCAUGAGUGUAUGAGUAGGUGAGUAGAUGUGUAGAGUAGAGGAUAAUCACGAAAACAUUAGGUUUAAUGUUUUUUUUUGUAAUAUAAGCUUCAUUGCACACAAUACAAGAUUUAAAAUA